AGACUGGCCAAGGCAGACCUGUUACACUUGCCUGAGUUAGGCAUUGUUUGCCAUGCCACUAAACCUGCCGUCAAGUGAAACCUUCAUUGGGGAAAUGAGAUCGGAGUCUGAACCGCAGAAGAUGGACGCCCUGUCUCUGUUUUUUAUUGUUUUACUUUAAUUUCAUUUCUUUUUCUUUAUUUUGUCCCUUUUUUUUGUUUUUGUUUUUGUUUUUGUUUUGUUAAAUCUCUUUCACUUUAACUUGUGAGCUGGUUUUCCAGUUCUUUGUAAAUGGUAUUCCAUUAAGGGUUCAUAACAUUGCAUUGCAAAUUAUAUUGGGAGAUGAUUAAUAGAGCUCAUCCUUAACAUAAAAUAAAUUUUCACAGUAAAUUAGGAUAUGGUUUCAUGAAGCUCAAUGCUAGUCUUAAUUGGUGUUUAUAAACGGAUCAGGUACAUUUUGUUCCCAAAACACUAAAACACUGAUGAGAUUCUUAGGAACACAUUUUGAUCUCAGUGUAACAUUUUUGCAGUUUUCUCCCAAGUCUGCAUCUCUCAUAAAGACCAACUGAUAGCUUCUAAUUUUCAUCCUCCUCCCUUAGAAUUUUAGGCAUACAAAAUCAUCAAAGAAAAUAAGUAAAUUUCUUAUAACAUUCUGGGGGUAGAGGACAAGAGGAGACUUUUCACUUUUAUGAUAUUUAUUAUAGAAAAUAGCAUUUCUUUGAUUUGAAAACACUUUUAAUUGCCUAUAUGGGGAAUGGAUAUUUGAGAAACUGUUGAAUACUUACACGUGUGUGUAUUUUUUUGCUUGAAUUUUUUUGUUGAAAAAUGUUCAGAGAUUACUAGUUACUAAAUGGAUUCUGAGAUUAGGAUGAGUGAGAGACAUUGUUUUUUCUCUCAGUUGUCUUUGAUGAGUACAGUUUGGGAAAAAUGCUAACUGCUUAUUUGUUUUAUACUUUUAUACACUCUGAUAGUAUUUGGAGGGUAUAUUUGGUAGAAUUCUAUCUUGGAAAUUAAGCAAUGGAACUUUUUUCUUAAAGUAUCUUUAAUGGUAAUUAGAAUAAGUAAAAAAUAUUGUGCUUUUAGUUAGACUUAAUACUUAUAAUAGUUUAUUAUACUGUGAGAGACAGUGAGAGGCAGACAACCUCUUGAUACUGUUUUUUUGUUUUUUUUUUUUUGCGGUACGCGGGCCUCUCACUGUUGUGGCCUCUCCCAUUGCGGAGCACAGGCUCCGGACGCACAGGCCCAGCGGCCAUGGCUCACGGGCCCAGCCGCUCCGCGGCACGUGGGAUCCUCCCGGACCGGGGCACGAACCUGCGUCCCCUGAAUCUGCAGGCGGACUCCCAACCCCUGCACCACCAGGGAAGCCCUCUUGAUACUAUUUUUAAGCCAACACUGAAUGACUUUAUUAUGUUAAGUAAUCAACUUUUGGCCUGUAUUGAAUACCCGUUUUGUUUGUGUGGUCUUUCAUAUGGAUAGUUUUGCUUAUUUAAUGGACAGGUAAUAUUAAAUUGGGGACAUUACUAGAUUGGAAUGCUUUAUUAGUUUUUUAGGUGCAUAAAUUAGGGUAGUGAAGCAUAGGGUUUGUACCUUAGGACCUCAGUUGACUUAUCAAGAUGUGUACAGGUUUUACAAAUAUUUAAAAAAUAAUACUUAUUUUUAACAGAUAAAGCAGGUGUGAUAGUGAUGUAAAUAGUAUAUGUGAGUAUACAGAUAAAUGUCUUAAUGCUAGUAACUAAUAAAUGCAAAAUAAAUUAUUGUUAUUUGAUGUCUUCAGUAAGGCCUUCCCGCCUUUUAAUCUUUAUGCAUGUUAAAAUCAGUGCUUAUGCAGAAUUUACUGAAAUAAUAAAAUGACUUUGUUUUUGACAUUAGUAAAUUAAGGUAAUGUAGACUUAGAUGUUGCAAAGCUUAGAAAUAAGUAGGCAUUUGCUAAAGCUAAUAAAAUGUAAUUUUUGUAUUUCUAUAAAUAAGGUGUAACGACUACUUGAAGCAAGUUUUAAAAUUCGUCUUGAAUUCCAUCCAUGUUUAGAAAUAUAUUCAGAUAAUUUUUUUAGAGAUUUAUCCCUGCACAUGUGGUUGUGUUAAGUAGAAUUUUCACCACUGAAACCCCACAUGGUGCUUUUUUGAAAAUUUACUCCAUAUGCUAUUUUCAAUUUGGCGUGAAUUUGUACUUUAAAUUACUUUUGAAGAAUUCAUAAUGGAAACGUGUAGCCAAAUACCACAUAAUUAUGAGUAGUUCUGAAAUUACUAUACGAAGUCAACUUUUUAGAAAUUUUCUUUUUGGGAAGGUUGAGAGAAAGGACCAGAAAAAAUGUGUGAAAGUAGCAGUCCUUAUCAAAAUUAAUUGAUUAGAAUUCAGUAAUUAAAUGUGGCAAAUUGAUAGACUUAAUUCAGAGUAAAUUUUCAUUUUUCUAGUCGUAGGGAUUUCUUUUUCUUAGUGUCUAGGAUUAUUUUAAUCUUACUGUUGUUGUUGUUAUUAGGCACUUAGGAUGCUUAUAAGCAAGACAUUUAGGCAUUAACCACCCCUCUUCAGAUAAGUAUACAGAAAUCGGUUCUAAAAGUCAGUAAUUUAAGAAGUUUCCUGAGACUAGGGAACUUUUUUUUGUUAGUCAUUUUCAAAAAUGUUAGCAGUUUCCCAAGGCAUAUUCUUUGGAACUGGAUUCUUUCAGUCAUCUCUGUCAUUGUUGGUGAGAUGCCUUAUUAACUGAAUGGGUGUAGGCUUCCUUUCCAAUUGAAGCUGAUUACAUGUGGUAGGCUUUUUUUCUGUCUACUUGAAAUUAAAUGGGAUCUUUUGGAAGGUUAUCAAAAUUGUUUGCAUCACAAGUAGGUAGUUUCAAUUAACAGGAUAGGGACACUCAGGAACAGAUUUCAAUUCGCACAUAUUUGUUUUUUUCUUUUUCUUUUUUUUGACUAAUUUGGUUAUUUGCCAUUUCUGGGGAUUAAACUUUAAAAAAUGUUCUUCUUUUCUGUAUCUGAUGUUCUGUGUGCUAUUAGUGAUGCAGCCAACACGAACGGUUGUCAUGUGUAACACAACUUUCGAUCACCGCGAAAACACCGUCCUGGGAAAGCGUCCAUGCUUGAUAUCGUUUGGUUCAUGAACAUUAAGUUUCCAGUACAGGUAAAAUCCCAGAGGAAGCCAAAGCUCUCUCUCUAUUGGCUCCUGCUCCAACCAUGACAAGUCUGAUGCCUGGUGCAGGCUUGCUUCCCAUACCGACUCCAAAUCCCUUAACUACACUGGGUGUUUCCCUUAGCAGUUUGGGAGCUAUACCAGCAGCAGCACUAGACCCCAAUAUUGCAACACUUGGAGAGAUACCACAGCCACCACUUAUGGGAAAUGUGGAUCCUUCCAAAAUUGAUGAAAUUAGGAGAACAGUCUAUGUUGGCAAUUUGAAUUCCCAGACAACAACAGCUGAUCAGCUACUUGAAUUUUUUAAACAAGUUGGAGAAGUGAAGUUUGUGCGGAUGGCAGGUGAUGAGACUCAGCCAACUCGGUUUGCUUUUGUGGAAUUUGCAGACCAAAAUUCUGUACCAAGGGCCCUUGCUUUUAAUGGAGUUAUGUUUGGAGACAGGCCACUGAAAAUAAAUCACUCCAACAAUGCAAUAGUAAAACCCCCUGAGAUGACACCUCAGGCCGCAGCUAAGGAGUUAGAAGAAGUAAUGAAGCGAGUGCGAGAGGCUCAGUCCUUUAUCUCAGCAGCUAUCGAACCAGAGUCUGGAAAGAGCAAUGAAAGAAAAGGCGGUCGAUCUCGUUCCCACACUCGUUCAAAAUCCAGGUCUAGCUCAAAAUCCCGUUCUAGAAGGAAAAGAUCACAGUCAAAACACAGGAGUAGAUCCCAUAAUAGAUCACGUUCAAGACAAAAAGAUAGACGUAGAUCUAAGAGCCCUCAUAAAAAACGCUCUAAAUCAAGGGAGAGGCGGAAGUCAAGGAGUCGUUCACGUUCACGGGACAAAAGAAAAGACAACCGAGAAAAAAUCAAGGAAAAGGAAAGAGUGAAAGAAAAAGAUAGAGAAAAGGAAAGGGAAAAAGAGAGAGACAGGGAAAAGGAACGUGAAAAAGAAAAGGAACGGGGUAAAAACAAAGAUAAAGACCGGGAUAAAGAACGGGAAAAGGACCGAGAUAAAGACAAGGAGAAGGACAGAGAGAGAGAGCGGGAAAAAGAGCAUGAAAAGGAACGAGACAAAGAGAAGGAGAAGGAACAGGACAAAGAAAAGGAACGAGAAAAGGACAGAUCCAAAGAGAUAGAUGAGAAAAGAAAGAAGGAUAAAAAGUCCAGAACACCACCCAGAAGUUACAAUGCAUCAAGAAGAUCUCGUAGUUCCAGCAGGGAAAGGCGUAGGAGGAGGAGCAGGAGUUCUUCCAGAUCGCCAAGAACAUCAAAAACCAUAAAAAGGAAAUCUUCUAGGUCUCCAUCCCCUAGGAGCAGAAAUAAGAAGGAUAAAAAGAGAGAAAAAGAAAGGGACCACAUCAGUGAAAGAAGAGAGAGAGAACGUUCAGCCUCUACAAGAAAGAGUUCUAAUGACAGAGAUGGGAAGGAAAAGGUGGAGAAGAACAGUACUUCACUUAAAGAGAAGGAGCACAAUAAAGAACCGGAUUUAAGUGUGGGAAAAGAAGUAGAUGACAAGGAUGCACCAAGGACUGAGGAAAACAAAGUACAGCAAAAUGGGAGUUGUCAACCAAAUGAAGAAAACCUCUCUACCAAAACAGAAGCAGUAUAGGACCUACAAAUGCACCUCUAAACCCACGCUGGAAUAGAAUCCAAAGCUUUUAAUUCUCUCAACAAGAUGUUAAACAGUGAAGAAAUCCAGUAGAGCAUAAAGAUAUGAGCUAACAGCUUUUUUAGUUGUUAGGUGACUUUGUGGCCAUCUUGUUACUGAGUAAGAAAAUAAAGCAUGGACAUCGUGAAAAUAACAGGUGUUACCCAAACUCCUCAUCUUCUAAAAGCUGUGCAUUUCCAUGGUGGCUGACACACUUGUCAUGUGGUUUGUUAAGUGUUUGCCAAGAACCAUUAAAAUAAAUGGGACAUUAAAGAUAGAAAUUUGUACUAUCCAUUAAAGACUGGAGAUAAGCAUUGGAGGCUCUUUUAAAAAAUGCUAGUAACUGAUUUUGUAUUGUUUUACUUUUUUUUAAAAAUUUCAAUAUAUUACAGAUUGAUGAUGUGCUUGAAAUUGGUGCAAAUAUAUACACACCCUUGUAAGUGCGGAGUAUGUAAGAAAUUUUAACAUUGACUUCACAGGAUUUACAGUGAUUGUGUUAAAUUCUCACUAUUGUGUUUUCUUUUGCUCAUUGUUUAGGACAGCAGUUUUUCUUUAAAAUAGUUUUACAUAUUAAAGUUGCUUAAAUAAGUGGAUUAAAAACCAACUGACAAUGCAUGCUACUGUUCUUUUUCAAAAGGAAGAACAACUGUGUUGAAUACUAAUAAUAUAUUAGUAUUCAGUGUUCAGAAUCAUUGGGUUUCCCCACAAAGUAAGCAUUUCUUUUUGAACUCUCUUGACAUUUCCAAGCUUAUUAUGAACAGUAUUGCAGUGUGUGUUGUCAGUUGUAGGUGGCAAAGGUGCCAUUUAUAAAAAGAAACCUGGGUUUUCAAAAUGGGCUAUGGGAGCACAAGCUGAAGCUUUAGUGCCUUCUACAACGUGGUAUACUGUUUUCUAGAAUUUUAUAUGGACUAGUCAUUCUCAAUUCAUAUGGAAUUUAGAUGGAUAUUCCAUUCCCUUCCAUAGAGAAGUGUGAAAGUGGUAUGUCAGAAGAGCUUCUUACUUGGUUCACCUAAUAUGAGAGGGAAGUCUGUUUUUAAGAAUGACUUUAGAGCUUAAAACAGCAAUGCAGUUUUGGGACCAUCAGUUUCAUACUGUGAUAAUUGAAAAUGAAGCAGCAUGUUCUUAUUUUACUUAAAGCAAAACCCUUUAGUUGUCUAUAUUAGAUGGCCUUAAUUAUUACCUCUCAAUCAUCUUCUCAUAAAUGAUGUGCAGAAAUUGUACUUAAAGGAGAACAUAUGAGUUUGUCUUAUGUGUAAGGAUAUGUUUACUUAAGCUUAAAAUAUAGGUCAUCUGACAUUGUUAGGCACACUUUUUGCAGAAAGUAUGCAAGUAGUAAAAUGACAACAUUGCUAAUAUUUUCCCCCAGACCACAACUCAUAGUUUCAGAACUCUUUUCAUUGUUGUAUUUCCAAAAGUUAUACCUUUUAAUUAGCAUGUUAUUAAAAAAAUCAAGUAUAAUUAGUUUAAUGCAGUCUAAUACAAUCAAAUUACUCAGUUGCCUUACCUCAUGGGAAGAGUUACUUAUAGAUUUAAAAAGCUAAGUAGCACAUCAGUUACUUGGUUUCAACUUGAGUUUUCUUUUAACGUUAAUACUAUUGAAAUUUAAGUAUUUGGUGGAGAAUGGAAAGAAUUGCCCUUAUUGCAAGCAAUGAAGCCUGGUUUGAUUAUGAAGCUGCUUAAUUACUCCUCAUGUGUU